GGACUGGUGUCUCAGAGGGGCACCGCUGACCCAAGAGGGACUUUAUGCUUGGGGGAACCAGCAGUCGGGUUUCUCUUGUAAACAAGCACUGCAGCAUCAAUGGGGGAUUUAAGGCAGACGAUCGAGGUCAUGUCCCAGAAAAUAUGUCCAAGUUCCCGAGCGGAUUCUGAGGAGAACUUAAAGGUUCCAAAUGGUACCCAAGAGAAGUUGCAGAUGAAGAGGGAGAUUUCUCUCCUUAAUGGGAUCUGCCUCAUAGUGGGCAACAUGAUAGGUUCUGGGAUUUUCAUCUCGCCGAAGGGUGUUCUGAUGUACAGUGCUUCUUUUGGGCUGUCCCUGGUGAUUUGGGCUAUCGGGGGUAUCUUCUCGGUGUUCGGGGCUCUUUGCUAUGCAGAGCUUGGCACCACUAUCCCCAAAUCUGGGGCCAGCUACGCCUACAUCCUGGAGUCGUUUGGUGGAUUUCUGGCUUUCAUCCGUCUGUGGACAUCCAUCCUGCUGAUUGAACCAGCCAGCCAGGCUGCUAUUUCACUGACCUUCGCCAAAUAUCUGGUUGAGGCUUUUUAUCCAACCUGCCAGCCACCAUAUGAUGGUGUCCGACUCAUCGCUGCAGCCUGCCUCUGUAUUCUCAUCUUCAUUAACUGUGCUUAUGUGAAAUGGGGGACUCUGGUCCAGGACGUCUUCACUUAUGCAAAACUCAUGGCUCUCUUCCUCAUCAUCGUUGUUGGAAUCCUGCAUAUGGUGACUGGGGAAGCAAAGAGCUUUGAGAAUCCAUUUGAGGGCUCCGCCACAGACUCAGGAUCGAUAGCGUUGGCUCUUUACUCCGCUCUGUUCUCCUACUCUGGCUGGGAUACACUCAACUUUGUCACCGAGGAGAUCCAGAACCCUGACAGGAAUCUCCCACUGGCCAUCGCCGUCUCCAUGCCCAUGGUGACCAUCAUUUAUCUGCUGACCAACGCAGCGUACUAUGUGGUUCUAGACAUGCCAUCACUGCUGGCGAGUGAUGCCGUCGCUGUGACGUUUGGAAAUGCGGUGCUCGGGCCGUUCAGUUGGAUCAUCCCUGUCUCGGUGGCGAUGUCGUGCUAUGGAGGACUCAACGCUUCCCUCAUCGCUGCCUCACGGCUAUUUUUUGUUGGAGCCAGAGAGGGUCAUCUCCCGGACAGUCUGAGUCUGAUCCACCUGCACCGCUACACCCCCAUACCCGCUCUGCUGUUUAAUGGGCUCAUGGGUCUGAUCUUCCUGUGCGUGGAGGACGUGUUUCAGCUCAUCAACUAUUUCAGCUUCAGUUACUGGUUUUAUGUUGGGCUGUCUGUGGCCGGACUCAUCUACCUGCGCAUCACUCAGCCUGACAGGCACAGGCCUGUCAAGCUGAGCCUGUUCUUCCCCAUCCUCUACUGCGUGUGCAGCAUCUUCCUGGUCAUUGUCCCUCUGUACGGAGACACCAUUAACUCCCUCAUAGGGAUUGGUAUUGCACUAUCGGGUGUUCCAGUUUAUUAUGUAGCCAUUUACCUUCCUGAGGAGAGGAGACCCAGAUUCCUACGUAAACUAAACCGCUUUGCCACCAGAUACACUCAGAUGUUACUCUACUGCUGCCUGACUGAGUUUGACUCAGAGACGGAAACACAAGAGAGCAGUAAAACACAGUGAGCUGGAGUCAGACUCCUGCGCUGUGAGGACAGAGCGACCAGAGUGUCUGAAGAGAACCUCUGUCAGGUGGAGUAAACAGUCCUGCCUUCUCAGAUGACUCCCAGAGAAGAAACAAUCACAAAAGAUACACCAAACUGUUGCUUUCUCUUGAGUUUAGAGUUUUUUUCUACUGAAAAGUGUCGGUGAAGAUUUGAAUGAAACGUUUGAAACACAUAAACAGAAGAUGGUUUAAGACAACAACAACGAAGACUUAA